GCCCACGACGUAUAUUGGGAGAUAAUAAGACUUCGCAGGAAUAUGUCUCUAGCUCGAUUAGGUUUAGAUAUAGCUAGUUAAGAUUUGAAAAUUAAAAUAAAUCGGUUUGUUCGGUUUAUAUAUGUAAGUCUGUUUCAAUAAUCCUCGAUUUCUAUUAGGACUGGAAAGUUUUACAUUUAUGUGCUGAUUACUUGUGCAGGGUAUAUUCUAUGCGUAGACUUAUUACAAUAUUUUACUUAAUAGAAAGUAAAAUAUUUUUUAUUUUAACAUUAGUGCGUGAUUAAUAUAGUAGUUGAGAGUUAUGGGAUCGAAUGUGAGUCGUACAUGGAUAAUUAAUAGAACUUUUUCAAAUAUGAACUAGUAGAUUAAGUGCUCGCGGAAGAACUUGCGGCAGGGUAAGUAAGUAUGUACAUGCAGAUCGGUAUAUCCACGAUAUGGAACAUGGCAAGCACAGUUUUUAUUAUUUCGAAAUUACUGUUUUACCAAAUAUUUAAUCAAUCGUUGAACAGUACAAUGUUAUUGUUAUAUCAAUGUUCGAAUCAAAUGUUUAUUUAGUUGCACUUCGUAUUAAUGUAAUGACCGAACAUGAAAUUGUUCUGACUGAAUUGAGUUCCACUGAAUGUAUACUUUUUAUCAGGGUUGAUCACUCAGUUUUUAUAAUUACUCUCGGGUGUAACAAUAAUUUAAAACCAUGUAAUUAAUAUUAACGUCUAACAAGCGUAGAAGUGAUUAAAAUAAUCGAAUCCGCUAUUGGUGUUACUUUUUGUCGGUCGGAGAAACAUUUCUUGUCUUAUUGACGUGGACACAGAGGCCGUACGCUUUAACCAAUCUAGUAAUAAAUAAAUGUUUUCAAUGGUAAACCAAUCAAUCAGUCAAUAGCAAUGUGUAAAAACAAGUGAUGUAAGACGACUGGUUAUUUGUUUAAAACAGCAUCGAAUAGCAAGUCCACACACUGUCUAAUUCGUCAAAAGUUUUCAAUGUAUAGUAAAUAACAAUUUGAAAUAACUAUAUGAAAGUUGUAAAUAGAAGAACUUGAAAUAGCAUACAUAUAUGAUAUUUGGAAUGGUUUUUAAAUUAUACAAAAUUGUAGAGUAUGUUAUACAGGACCAUCGCAAUAAUACCCUGCACAGGAAAUACGAAUAUUUUAAUUAUGCGAACCUAAUUGUCUCAUAAUAAUCAUAAUAAAAAGUAAAGUAAUCAUCUGAACAAAUUGAUGUAUUUCACGAUAUAAUGUGCCAAACUAUAUCACUUUUAAUUAUUGCUCUUGAAGAUCUGACCUGUUGAUCGAUGCCAAAGAAUAUCAAUAGAACAUAAGAGAAAUAUAUUGUAUAUUUUGAAAUUUUAAUUAUAUUUGUGUCGCUCGUUAGUUUUUAAGUGAAACAAUUUUAUAACUGACUAGAUUUUGUACCUCAAUUGGAUAUUAGUUUAAGUUUUUCUUUAUUUAGCGGAAGUUCAGACUCUACAUUGCAAGUGUUGUUUUUAAGCAUUCUCAUAACGUAAUAUAAUGUUUCUUUAUUUA